AUGAUCAAGGAGCAUUUGUCCAGUGGAGACGCUGCUAUUCUCGAUCAGAUAUGGAGACCUGUGCCACCUCUCAAUGAGGUCGAGCCGAUCAGCGAUAAUGAAGAAGGGGGCCACGAAGGCGAUGAUCUAUCUGAUGAUUUAGAUGGUUCAGAUGAUGAUCAUUUAGAGGAGUUGACUCUCACACAAAUUACAACUCAGAGAAAGCAAGCACGAUGCAAACAGCCUCGAAAUAAGACCUCUGAGCCUCAAGAUGAUGGAGAUGAUGGCCUCCUACUUCCUGAAAUGGCAACCGAAGAGAGCACGCAGGUGCGGUCAGGCAGGAUUCAGAAAAAGCCAAAACUGCCAGAUGGAUUUGAGAUUGAUAAACUGUAA